AUGGAAAUAAACAAGGACAAUCAUCAUCAACUGCAUAAAGCUGAUGAAACGCAUCAUAAUAUUACAACAAUACAGAAUGUUGCACAGAAAGGAACUCGAAGAACAGGAGACAAAAUGUGUAAAAGGAGGUUGAAACAAGAUGGGCGCCAUACAGAUCGCUCGAGGAUUCACAGUGAGGAGAAGCCCACGUGUCAUCAUUGUGGGAAGAGUUUCAGCAGAAAAUCAUACCUCGCAAUGCACAUAAAAAUCCACACUGGAGAGAAACCAUUUGCUUGCAAUCUGUGUGAAAAAACUUUCCUAACUACAAAUGAUCUUAAGAUACACACGAGAACUCACACUGGCGAGAAACCAUACACUUGUCACGAGUGUGGAAAAAGUUUUUCCCAAACAUCACACUUAAAAUAUCAUAUGAAAAUCCACACUGGAGAGAAACCAUACACUUGUCACGAGUGUGGAAAAAGUUUUACCCAAACAUCACACUUAAAAUAUCAUAUGAAAAUCCACACUGGAGAGAAACCAUUUGCUUGCAAUCUGUGUGAAAAAACUUUCCUAACUACAAGUGAUCUUAAGAUACACACGAGAACUCACACUGGCGAGAAACCAUACACUUGUCACGAGUGUGGAAAAGGUUUUACCCAAAUAUCACACUUAAAGAGACAUAUAAAAAUCCACACUGGAGAGAAACCUUACACUUGUCACGAGUGUGGAAAAUGUUUUACCCAAACAUCAUACUUAAAAUAUCAUAUGAAAGUCCACACUGGAGAGAAACCAUUCACGUGUGAUCUGUGUGGAAGGAGUUUUACAGUUAAAGGCGCUCUAAAGAGACAUAAGAGAAUUCACACCGGAGAGAAACCUUUUACAUGCAGUCAAUGUGAAAAAAGUUUUAGAAGUAAAACCGAACUUACAGCACACAUGAAAAUUCACAGUAAAGAAAAACCUUUCGUGUGUCAUCUGUGUGGAUGGAGCUUUAAAAUAACACGUGCUCUUCAGAUACACAUGAGAAUUCACACUGGAGAGAGACCAUUCAUGUGUGAUCUGUGUGAAAAAAGUUUUACAAGUAAAGACGCUCUUCAGAUUCACAUCAAAAUUCACACUGGAGUGAAACCAUUCGUGUGUGAUCUGUGUGGAAAGAGUUUUUCAUAUCUAUCUAGCCUUAAGAUGCAUGCAGAAGUUCACAUCGAAGAGAAACCGUUUACAUGCACUCAGUGUAACAAGUGUUUCAGUAGUAAACACAACCUUAAAGUACACAUGAAAAUUCACACUGAACAGAAACUUUUCACUUGUCUUCAGUGUGAAAAUUGUUUCAGAGUUGAAAGUCACCUUAAGAGACACAUGACUAUUCACACUGGAGAGAAACCAUUCAGAUGCUGUCAGUGUGAAAAGUGUUUCAGAGAUAAAAGUCAACUAAAGAGACACAUGAGAACUCAUACUGGCGAGAAACCAUACACUUGUCUUGAGUGUGGAAAAUGUUUUACCCAAAUAGCACACUUAAAAAAUCAUAUGAAAAUCCACACAGGAGAGAAACCAUACACUUGUCACGAGUGUGGAAACAGUUUUUCGCAAAAACCAAACUUGAAGAAACAUAUGGCAAUCCACACUGGUGAGAAACCAUACACUUGUCACGAGUGUGGAAAAUGUUUUGCCCGAAUAUCACAAUUAAAAAGACAUAUGAAAAUCCACACUGGAGAAAAAACAUUCACGUGUGAUCUGUGUGGAAUGAGUUUAUCAUGUUUACGUAACCUUAACAUACACGCAUUAAUUCACACUGGAGAGAAACCUUUUACAUGCAGUCAAUGUAAAAAAAGUUUCACAGGUAAAAGCAACCUUACAGCACACAUGAAAACUCACAGUAAAGAGAAACCUUUUGCUUGUCUUCAGUGUGAAAAGUUUUUCAGAGAUGCAAUUCAUCUUAAGAGACACAUGAGAAUUCACACUGGAGAGAAACCAUUUGCAUGUCAUCUGUGUGAGAAGAGUUUUACCCGUAAAGGCACUCUUAAGACACACAUGAUAGCUCACACUGGAGAGAAACCAUUCGUGUGUCAUCUGUGUGAAAAGAGUUUUACAAGUAAAGGUGCUCUUCAGAUACACAUGGCAGUUCACACUGGAGGGAAACCAUUUGUGUGUGAUCUGUGUGGAAAGAGUUUUUCAUAUCCAUCUACCUUUAAGAUGCAUGCAAGAGUUCACACCGGAGAGAAACCUUUUACAUGCAGUCAAUGCAAAAAAAGUUUCAGAAGUAAAAGCAACCUUACGAAACACAUGAAAAUUCACAUUGAAGAGAAACCUUUGCUCGUCUUCAGUGUCAAAAGUGCUUCAGAGAUGAAAGUCAACUUAAGAGACUCAUGAGAAUUCACACUGAGAGAAACCAUUCAGAUGCUAUUUGUGAGUUUCAAAAAUAAAAACUCGCCCUAAUGCACGCGUGAGAAUUCACGGUGGAAAGAAACCGUUCCCAUCUGUGGAGUAAUGAUAUACACAUGAGUGGAUUUUCUGUUGUAAUGUCUCAAUUGCGAUUUAUACGUUUGCAUAGGACCUACGUUGUAGGCUAUAUGUUGCAGUUUUCAUUUAAACUUCUGCGUCAUUGUUCGCCUCAAUGUGCAUUACAUGUUCAGAUCGCAAGUGUUGACCUAAAAUGAACUCAUGAAUCAGCCCUAGUAAAAAAAUGGUAUGCUAAAUAUGUUUU